UUCAACUUUCAACUCUCUUUUGCCAUAAAUUAUGAACAUAUACUGCACAAUCACAAUUAUCUAUUGCAUUAUAUAUUAGUAUGCUUGUGCACUAUUUCAAUGCCAAAUAUUCUCUCCCUUCUGUGUCUAUUUGUUAUUCUCUAGUUCAUAUCUGCUCUAGGGAAAUCAAUCUUACCAUUAAACUGAAAUUGUGACAGAAAAAGGCAAAAUGGAGAGCAAGCCACUAGAAAAAGCAAAACCAAAAUACAGAAAGGGCUUAUGGUCACCAGAAGAAGAUAAUAAGCUCAGAAAUCAUAUCAUUAAGCAUGGUCAUGGCUGCUGGAGCUCUGUCCCUAUUAAGGCAGGCUUGCAAAGAAAUGGGAAGAGCUGCAGACUAAGGUGGAUUAACUACUUGAGGCCAGGAUUGAAGAGAGGGGUGUUCAGCAAACAUGAGAAAGAUACAAUCAUGGCCCUACACCAUAUGUUAGGAAACAAGUGGUCUCAGAUAGCACAGCAUUUGCCAGGAAGGACUGACAAUGAGGUAAAAAAUUACUGGCAUUCAUAUUUGAAAAAGAAAGUCAUCAAAGCUAAGGAAAUGGAAUCUGAUAAACAAAUUCAACAUGCCGGCUCAAGUUCAGACACAGUGGAAAACGCACUCUCUCCUCAGAAACUUGCAACACAAGAUUCAAGUUAUGGGUUGUUAGAAAACCUUGACAAAUCAAUAGCACAAAAUGAUAACUUUUUCUCGAAAAGCUAUAACUUUUCCAAGGAGGCUUAUCAGAGUUCUCUACCACUACCAAAACUCUUAUUUUCUGAGUGGCUAUCAGUGGAUCAAGUAAAUGGUGGAAUCUCAGUGAAUUCUGAUGAUUCCUUGGUCUUGGGGAAUGAAUUUGAUCAAAAUUCAACUUUCCAAGAAGCUAUAAUGCAUAUGUUAGAAGAAAACUUUGGUGAGGAGUAUCAUAAUCGUCUAAUUCACAGUUCAACCACUGAGGUCUAUAAUUCACAAAUAAAGUCAACAAAUCAAAUGGAUGGAAGUGAUUUCAUGAAUUGUAUUCCCGGGAAUGAGUUACGUAGCAAUUUCAGCCUAACCAAUCAUGGUAUGUAGAAGUACUAGGAAGGAGUUUACAAGGCUGCUCAAAAAGGAAGAAUAAUUUGUAAUUAAACAUACAGAAAACAAAACAAAUUUUAGCAAUGUAAAGUUAAUGUUCAUAUUGUUUGAAUUGUACUCCUACCCAACUCAAAUAAAUUCAGUAAGAUAUGAAUAAAGUGUAUUUCAUUGUGAUUCU